AUGUGCCAAGAUUCUGUAAGGAGUGGAGAUAGGGCUGGAUUUUUGGGAAUUAAAUUCGGAAGUGCUCUUCUCUCGAUUACCACUGGUGCGAUCGCUAUUGCACUGCUUUGUAAGUUCCAUCACACUGAAGCUGUACUGAUAGUUAUUAUAUGUUCGACCUUACUGUACGGGAUACCGUCUUUGAUAUCAUUCAUCACAGAAACUGUAUUUGCGCCGAGUAGGUUUCGCAUUGGCUAUUUUUACAAUGCUCUUAAUUUUGCAUUUCCACUGAUCACCUUGGGCUGUACGGUAAACUAUUUUCAUAGUACUUUGAGAGAGCCAGCGUCUGUACAAAACGGACCUCAUACAACUUGUAUAACAGCUUUAGACUCUCUGCUGAUUUUUACCCUUUUCAUUAACGGCAUACAGUUAGGAGCAUUUUUGAAGGACAUUAAUAUGAAUCACGUUGGUAACUCCUCCCAUAAUAUAAAUUCUGACCAGUAUGACAAAGAAGAAAAUACGGUAGAGAGUGAUAGGUUUGUACCGCUCAAAAAUUCUUCACAGACUCUAACUCCGGAUUUGGAAUCAUUGAAUGGUGGUUCCAAUAACAUGCGUAGCGUAGCAUGGAUGAUUAAUGAACUCUCUACAGAUCCGAACACGCAUGCGACCAAAACAAUGGCGUCGGAGGAAAAUUCGAACUCUUCCGUUCUUCGACAUAAUUUAGGUCCAAUUACUUCCAAAAAGUGUCUUGAAAAGCCAUCUCAUUCACACUUUUCUAAAUUGAAAAAAUAUAAUAGUUUCUUUUUGGGUCCCAUCGAAAGCAAGUACAAAAAGAAUAUAAAACAGACUGCAAAGGUCCCAAAAGAAAAUAAAAGCAACCGUAGAAAUAGCCAGUAUGUGUCUAGAUUAUCAACUAUAUCGGACAUCUCGAAAAGCUUUUUAAAUUUUCUAGCAUUGAGUGAAAAAAGUGGGAUCCCAUCCUCUACUGCGAAAACACCAAGUGAAGGGAGAGUUUCGAUAAUCAUUAACGAGGCAAAUAAUGCUUCAAAGUGCAAAGCUUCUCACCAUUCGCACGACAUUGAAUCUCCGAAUUUGAAGUUAGAAAGAGAAGCCAUUGGAAGAAUUAAUAGUGCUUUGCUUCCUGCAUGUUUAAGAGUAACAGAUAGGAUUAUUUCCCCACAACAAAGCAUUGAAAAUGAAGAAUUAUAUCAAGCAACAUCAUUGAUACCCCAAAUGGAAAACGAAGAUGAUUUUCAUGUGCAAGAUAUCUUGAUGAUUAAUGAGCUACAGGACAUUCCACAAGUCCCAAGAUUAGCUUCAGAUAUCGAAGGCGAUUUUGAACGAGAAUAUACCAAGCACAUAGAUUUACCAGCUCAUGUCACUUUAGAAAUGUGGGAAAGGGACCAGGAAAACAUACUUCGAAAAGUAACGACAAACCUGGAUGAUAGUACAUUACUACCCCCUUUUAGAUUUACCUCCAAGAGCGAUAUGGACCCAGGUUCAUCGGCUGAUUUGGAAGUAGAAUUGCACGCGCAAAAUAACUUUAGUUUCCCCUUCAAAAAACAUCAAUUACAAGUAGCUGCAUCAGAUCAACUCAAUCAGCAAGAAUUUAAAACUUCGGAUACCAUUAGUGAACUAGAUGAAUAUUUGCACGAUGCAAGCAUUCAAGAAGAAAAUGCCAGUCAUCUAAUCGAGGACAGUUUAAACCAGAAUAAUAUAUCCUCCACUACUAUUGAUAACGUUUCCAAGGACAUGGCUAGAUUUAGUACAAGGCAUUCGCCUACUAAAUCGAUAAUUUCAAUGAUCAGUGGGUCAGGAAGCGUCAAGCACCAACAUUCACAUAGCACCCUAAACAACUUUCUCACUGGUCAUUCAAGGAACAAUUCCCAAAUAAACCAAUUCCUACAGGGUUCUUCCUCUAACGUGAUAUCCAAUACCUCACCGCAUUCUUCUCCAACCAAGUCGUUAAAAAGGAGGUUUGGAAAGAAACUUUCAUUAUCGAAUAUCUCUGAUACAGUGUCGUCAUACGAGAAUAAUCCAACAGAUUCAACGAACUAUUCAUUUGGUCAUGACCGGAAAAAACACCAGAGCAUCGAUUUCAGCUACGUGCGUACCUUACAAAGUAGCCAUUCGCCUACAAAAUCAACCUCAGGAAAUUCGCGUCGAGACUCUGUAAACAAUGGCAGACCUUAUGGUGUUUCUAACGAAAGAGCGCUCAGAACGACAAGUACAUUAUUUUACCUCCAACAGAAUAACGCCUCAUGUACAUUAAAUGCGGAAGACGCAGUACUAGAAGCACCACAAUCUACACGUUCAUUAUCAAGUAGCUCUGAACAAGAAUCGGCAGGAUCUGGAGCUGGUUAUCCAGAAGUUGUGUUCAGCGAAUAUGACAGAGAAAAAUGGAAUGUUUUGAGAAAUUUAAAACAGUUAGCGCCCGAAGCAACUAUAGAGCAGGCCGAUUAA